AUGCGUCGACUUUUGCCUUUGUUGCUGUUCGCUUCGGUGACGUGCGCUUCACCUUGUGAUAUAGAGCCUUUGUCUCUCCCAAUUCGCGAUGUCCAAAUUCUACCCAGUGUUAAGAAGUCUCUAAUGACGGGGAUCCCUGCCAAGAUUGGAUCUCCAGAGCAGGAUAUUGUACUUCUCCCUUGGGCUGAGUUGAACAACACUUGGAUAUACGACGACCAACCCUAUUGCGACAAGACGGUUAUCUGGAACGACCGAAUCUGCAAAAUCCGAAGAGGUGGACUGUACAGCGAAGAAGACUCGAAAUCCUUCCACAAAGCCAACGACAUCACGAACGCAGGCGGCGCCACAGAUGAGGCAACCUUCCAGGGUUCCGAAGCCGGAAUCAAGAAGCUCGUAUCAACUAGUCUUGCUGGCACCGACAAUAUUACUCUCGAGGGGGCACCGGCCGUCGUGGACUUUCCGAUCGGAAUACCUCGUCUCAAAUGGGAUGCUGGUUACACCCUGCUUCAUCCCCUCGGCCUGGGAUCUAACUCAACCUACCUCAAUGCUCUCCGGGCAACAGGCAAGAUUAGUUCGCGAGUAUGGUCAAUAUUCUGGGGAAGGAUGUGGGUGAAGAACCCCAUUGAUGGUUCUCUGGUACUCGGCGGCUAUGAUGAGGAAAAGGUUAUCGGGAAGAACUACACGGCACCACUCGUCUACGAUGAUUACACUGGCACUCCCGGCUGUUGGACUGGCAUGAAAGUCACUGUGUCAGACAUCAGGGUCAAUUUCCGCGAUGGCUCUGAUGAGAGCAUCUUCCCUUCCAACACUGCGCUGCCGUGCUGUAUUGUCCCCCAGAGACAACUCCUCCUCGAGGCGCCUGGCGCAUAUGUUUCGAACUUUGAGAAAGCCACCGGAUUCAAUCAUACAGAGUCCUCGUUUGGACUUCACUGGUCAGCUCGACUAUUUGAUGCUGAUAAAGUAUUUGAUGGCGAUAUUACCUUCCAUCUCGACUCUGGCUUACAAGUCAGGGUGCCAAACGACCAGUACAUCGUUCCUUUCGUCGACAUCGAUCGCAGUGGUGCUCGAGUUACCAAGUCAAACGUCAAAGAGCUGCUGAUGAACGGUGUUGCCGAUCAACCAGCGACACUCGGUCGGUAUUUUCUCACCGCCGCAUACCUCAUGGUGAACCAUGAUGCAGGAACAUUUACACUGUGGCAGGCCAACCCAUCGAGUAAAAGCAAACUGGUCCGAGUUUUUGACCAGGAAACUGCCGAUAAGUGUGGUGAAGAUGCCAGCGGCAUAGUCCAACCAACUGCAAGUACAACACCGACAAAAGAAGAUGAGACACAGCCGACUGAAGAGACAGAAGAAGCGUCUUCACCCUCUGGGGCUGUUAUCGGUGGGGCAGUUGCUGGUGCUGUGGUUGGACUUGGCGUAGUCAUCCUAGGUAUCUUCUUUCUCUUGCGUCGAAAGAGAAACGCCAAGUCAAGAAAUCUACCGCCUUCACCGCCAACUGAGAUUCAGAUGAAGCACGACAAAUCUAACUACCCGACUUGGUGUCAACCACAGGAGAUGCCAGGGUCUAAACCAAUGCCGUCGGAAAUGCAAGGACAGUCACAUUAUGUGUACGAGUUAGAUAACAAUACCUCUACAAGGUGGUCAUUUAGUCACUUGGGUGGUAAAUGA